AAAACGUCUCUGAAGAAUCAAGCGCGUGACGUCACGCACGCUGCGACCGUGUUUGGCGCAGCUCGCGCAGGGAGCCCGGCGUUACGUCAGUCACCGACACGGUGCUACGUCACCCCCCGUGUACUCCUCCUUCAUCCACGGACAGCCUUCACCGCCCGGUUUGUUGUCACGGCACGUCCUACGUCACUGGUAGACGGACAGAGACGUGACGUCACCUUGAGAUAACGCAGCACGCGGAAGCUGGUCCGACCCCCUGCGGACAGCGGAUCAGGAGACCACAGCGAGAUGCCGUCUCUGUCGGAGCAGCUGCAGGAGGUGCGCAGCCGGGCGGAGGUGUGUCUGUACUCCGGCGGCCGGGCGGGGGAGGUGCGGGUCGGGGUGGUGGCCAUGGCGAAGCUACCCCUCCCGCCCGGCUUCAAAUACCGCCACAUCGCUGCAGAGACCAUGGUGGUGGACAACAGCGUGGGCAGCAACAGGAAGGAGACCCUCGCAUCUCUCCAGCGCUUGUCUACAGCAUUGAACAUCCUAGAGAAGUAUGGCUGUAAUCUGACAAAUCCCAACAGGCCAAAGUACUGGAGGACAGUGAAACACAACAACCCGGUGUUCAGGGCCACUGUUGACGCUAUUCAGGGAGGACGAGCAGUGCUCUGUCUCUAUGGCUACUCCAAUCAGCUGGCAGACGGGCUCAGUUUCCCUGAUGAUGUCACAGAUCCUGAUGUGGGCUGCGUUGCUGCGGUAACGUUAGAAGUGAUGAGUCUGAGGAUUGAGCUGGAAAUGCUUAUUAAGGAAGCUCAUCCACACCCUGACUUCUACGAGAGAAUCCUUCCUACGCUGAGACACAAGGAUGUGGGUCUCAACACUGAUGCUGUGAUCUGCCACUUCUCCUCCUCUUCAAGCCACUCAGGCGGUCAGACCAAGUCACUGGCCCUCCCGCUCCACCGUCACUCCUCCAGGGAGAGGAGUGGUGGGAAGUCCUUGUCCUCCAACCACCAAAGUCUCAAGUCCACCCCCAUCUCCUCCAGCAAGCACCCAGGUGAGGACAGAAGACACCUUCACAACAUUGACAUUUCUCCAUCUUCUAGCUCUUCUUAGGCCAGAGUUUCAGUG